GAGGGUAAAGUACCAGCGUUAAACAGUGCCGGGGAAAAGUACCGCAUCAAACAGUUACUACAGCAACUGCCUCCCCAUGACAACGAGCACAGAUAUUGUCAUAGCUUGAAUGAUGAAGAGAAGAAAGAGCUGCGACUUUUCAGCACCCGCAGGAAGAAAGAGGCCCUGGGGCGGGGAAGUGUACGUCCACUGCCUCUGACCAUGCAAGGAAGCAUCUGUGAACAGUGUGGAGAUACAAUCCGUGGAGGUGAUUUGGCAGUUUUCGCAGCGAGAGCAGGCCACGAUACAUGUUGGCACCCGGCGUGUUUCCUCUGCAGCACUUGUGACGAACUUCUCGUGGACCUCAUCUAUUUCUAUAAGGACGCUAAAAUUUACUGCGGCCGUCAUCACGCUGAGCUUCUGAAGCCUCGUUGUGGGGCAUGUGACGAGAUCAUAUUUGCCGAUGAAUGCACUGAAGCUGAAGGACGGAGCUGGCAUAUGAAGCAUUUCUGUUGCUUCGAAUGUGACCGUCAAUUAGGUGGACAGCGUUACAUUAUGCGAGAGGGGCGUCCUUACUGUACCAUUUGCUUCGAGACUAUGUAUGCUGAAUAUUGCGAUUGUUGUGGAGAACACAUCAAAGUGGAUGAAGGACAAAUGACCCAUGAAGGUCAACACUGGCACGCAUCUGAUGACUGCUUUAAGUGUUACUGUUGUAAGAAGGCCUUAUUAGGACAGCCUUUCUUACCCAAACAUGGAGUUAUUUAUUGUUCGACAGAAUGUAGCCGAGGUGAGGCGAAAUUAGAUGAUAGCGCAACUGGCGGCUCAAUCCAGAAUGUUGACUCCUCAUCUGGCUCCCAAAUUGGGGAUACUUAUCGUCUUAGCAAUGUAAACAGCAACAAUCAUAGCUAUGCAAAUCUGACAAACAUUGGUUAUGACACCCAUACGAUCGAUAGCCAGGACCCAAAGAAUGGAUACAACAGUGGGAGCACAGUGAAUAGUGCUGGGUACCAUAGUGACACUGGUUCAAAUAAAUCUGGUUACAAUCAUAAGCUCUCUGGCUAUAACAGUGACAAUGGUUCAAACAAGUCUGGAUUCAUACAUAAGGCAAUCCCAUACAGAGGGGAUGGUAAUGCUAUCCUAAAUGACUCAUACAGGACAAAUAACAUCGCCAAUACCAGUGCAUUUAGUGAUACUGGAUCAAAUAAAUCUGGUUUCAAUCGAAGUGAGAGUAGUUCACGACGGUCAGCUCAGAGUGUGAGCUACAACGCCAGCGAUAGUGGUUCAAAUAAAUCAAGUGCCUAUGGAGCCCCAAUGGGGUACAAUAAUCAGUUACCCCCUCUGCCCAGAAUUGAGGACAUUUACAAGGAUUGCCAGGUGAAAAUUAAGGAGAGCGGGGUUCAAACUGCUCGGCCUAGUCCCCCAACUAUACCAAACCCUCCCCCUCCCCAGCACCCUCCCCCACCAGAGGAGGCAAUAACAAGGGCAAAAAGUCAAAGUCGGGAGCCACUCAACUUAUGCAAUGAGGAAUUUGAUGGCUAUUUAGAAUACGAUAAUGAAAAAUAUGACCCCAGGGGGCGCCGGGGGUCUCGUAGUUCCAUGCCGGACUUAUCCCGCGAUAUGCCACAAACACCUCAAAUGGGAGUACUCAAAACAUGUCUGAGUAAAAACCGACCAAAAAACAGUUCAGACAAAAACUUUAAUGUACGAUUUGAUCCUAAACAGGAGGAACCACAAGCCAAAGGAGGUAAGGGUACCUACCCACGUAGCCAGAGCUACACAGGACACCCUGC